UUCAAAUAAAUAGCAGCGAACAGGGAGUGACAAUUUCACCAGAGGAGGAUUAAGUCACAGACUGUCACUGGGACAGUGUGGAGUCGAAUAAUCUCAUCAGAGAUCUCAAGGAAUUUAUGAGCAGUUGUCAAACUUCCUUUUUCCUGUGUGAGUGAAGUAGAGACCAGAAGAAGCAGGUAUUGGCAGCAAGAGUGGUCCUUGGAGAAGCCACACGAUGCAGCCUGAGAAGAGACAAAAGAGGAAAAGCUUCAAGCAAAGACUGGUCCUGAAGAGCAGUGUAGCUAAAGAAACACUCUCUGAGUUCUUGGGCACAUUAAUAAUGGUCGUCCUUGGAUGUGGCUGUGUUGCCCAAGCUACCCUCAGUCGAGGACAUUUUGGAGGAAUCAUCACUAUUAAUGUUGGAUUUGCAAUGGCAGUCUCAAUGGCCAUUUAUGUGACUGGAGGUGUCUCUGGUGGCCACAUCAACCCAGCUGUGUCUUUUGCAAUGUGUCUCUUUGGACGGAUGAAAUGGUUCAAAUUGCCGUUUUAUGUGGGAGCCCAGUUCUUGGGAGGGUUUGUAGGUGCCGCAGUCCUCUUUGGUAUUUACUAUGAUGGACUUAUGUCCUUUGCUGGUGGGAAACUACUCAUCGUGGGAGAAAAUGCAACAGCACACAUUUUUGCAACAUACCCAGCUCCUUAUCUGUCUCUGGUGAAUGCAUUUGCAGACCAAGUACUGGCCACCAUGUUUCUCCUCAUGGUUGUCUUUGCCAUCUUUGACUCCAGAAACUUGGGAGCCCCUAAAGGCUUAGAACCCAUUGUCAUUGGCCUCCUGAUUAUUGUCCUUUCUUCCUCUUUGGGGCUGAACAGUGGCUGUGCCAUGAAUCCAGCUCGAGACCUGAGUCCCAGAUUGUUCACUGCUUUGGCUGGAUGGGGCUUUGAGGUCUUCACAGUUGGAAAUAACUUCUGGUGGGUUCCUGUAGUGGGCCCUUUGGUUGGCGCUGCCAUUGGAGGCCUCAUCUAUGUUUUUAUCAUUGAAAUCCACCAUCCAGACCCUGACCCAGACUUGGAGGCAGAACAAUCUGAAGACAUACCAGAGAAACAUGAACUUAGUGUGAUAAUGUAGCAGCGUGCUCAGUUCUAGGCUUACAGUUGGCUGAGCUGACGUUCUCUUCAGGAAAGAUGGCAUGCAUGUGUCUAUGUUUUCCUAAGACCGGGGCAGAUCUGCCCAAUGUUCUCUGCUAGCCACUCGGGACACCUAAUUAGAAAAGCAUCUGAAUGAAGUUUUGAGAAUACUGACCUCUUCUCUACCAGCCCUCCUCCCCAGAAUAACACGAACUGACUCCUGAAACAGUCUUCUCUCCACCCUGUUUAUUUCAUUCUUUCAUGUGAAGUUUUGUUAUUGGGUGAGCACUAAUAACUUGGAACUUUGACCAUGGACUUAUUUGGAUAGUCUCAGCUGCAUUAUCUGUAUAAAACAGUAUCACCAAAUGCUUUAUUUUCAAAUCCACAAAGGUUACAUUCUGAAUAUCAGCCAAAACUAAAUUGAAAGAUAGAACAGUGGUUUCAGUUCACAUAUCCAUGAACUGGGGAACUAAAGGGUUAACUCCCUAGUUUUGCUGUGCCACUAUUAUUGUAUAAAUACUGAUAUUCUCCAAACCUGGGGAUGUAAGAAGCAGUAGAAUGCAGCUGGAAAGCAUAGGAGAAGGACAUUGUGGCAUUCAGAAACCUCAGGAGACAAGAUAAAUUUGGGAAACCAAAUGGAAUUUUUAAAUGGAAACCAUUUAUCAGAAUAAUCCCUUGCUCCUUGCAUUUUUAGAGGGCACCAAUUAAUUCCCUGGUCUUUAGUAUGUAAUAACCUAAAAUAUAAUCAUAACCCUCAGUCAUGAAAAAUACAUCACUCUGUAUUUUUAGCUCAAAUGUCUUUUCCUAAUUGCCCACUUGAGGACAGACAUUUGACAAGUGAAGUCAAUGACUGCACUCAUCCAUUCUUCUGUACGUGCCCUAGAAGCCAAAAACAGAAAGCCAUUGGCUCCCAGUCUAGUGCAAUCUUCAGGAUAGAAGGUCCCUGGAAAUAACAUGCCUCUUGGCCUUCACAGUAAACAAAGCACUUUCACAUGUUUUAUCUAAUUGAAUCCUCAUAGGGACUGUCUGAGCUUCGUACACGUCUUUUGGAUAAGAAUUCAAAAUGUCAGGGGAGCUAAGUGGAACUGCCUAGGUCAGGCAGAAAGUGGAGCACCUUCUCCUGUAUCCUACACGGUUCAGAAGAUCAGUCCCUGGCUGAGAAUCUCAGCCAGCCCUUAUGGCCGGCCAGAAGGAGCAGUAUUGACAGCUGCCAGGAUGUGUACACCUUCUGGACGUAAUUCUCCAUCCUGAGAUAAAAGACCUUCAUUGUCUGGUUUUAUUCCUGCUGUUCUGAAGCAUUAACAAAGGAAAGAGGUAACGAUUUGAUCAUGUAUUUCAUCUGCUGAAAAACAUUAUCAGAAGACCUCCUUUCCUAGUCCACCAUUAUUAUUCAGUCUCGAUUUCCCCUCCCUGCCAGUCCCAAACACUACAUUCAGGAAAUUUCCCCUGGGUUAGGCUCUUCCCUUAUAAAUCCUCUAAGUGAUGUUCUUUGGUCAAAAGCGUCUCUGAGUUACAAACACCAGAGAAACUGCUCUGCAUCAAGUGUUGCAUCUUUAGUCAAACUGUUAAAAAGCCCAGAAUUCCCAGAGGGACCCAGUUUUUCAAUUACUCUGUGAUAAUAGCAGAACCACAAAAAGCAAAAGUAAAAUACCUCCUGUGGCCUGUGUUCUGUAAUCCGCUGACAUGUGGAAUUUUUUUCUUGCUCCAAAACUACUUGGAUAUUUCCUAUUUGAAAUAAAAUUGGAUUUUUUAUUGAGUUUUUAUAAACAUUAAGACUGCUAAGUACACUUAGUUCAUAUAUUUGUCUAGCCUAUCUCUAAAUUAGAUCUUCUGAGGAGCUUUUGAAAAUGCUAAUGCCCAGCUGGUCAUUUUAAUGUCUCAGGGAAUUCUAAUGGGCAGCCAUGGUUAAGCACACUGGCUUGGUGAAUCACAUGGCUCUAAGGUUUCUCUGAGAACCAAGUCUAGUGGUGGCCGGGUUGUCCUGGCAAGUUUCUCAGUCUUGUGAGCCUCACGGACUAGAGAGCAGUGGUUCCCACUGUUCCCUUCCCACUCCCGCCUACCACUCCUGUAAGGGAACAUUUUGUCAUGUCCGGAGACGUUUUUGGCUGUCACGACUUGGGAAGGGGUGUUACUGGCAUCUGCUGGGUAGAGGUCAGGAAGGCAGCUAAACAUCCUACAAUGCACAGGACAUCGCUCUCCCCCCAACAAAGAAUUAUUCAGCCCUAAAUGUCUAUAGCGCAGAGGUUGAGAGACCCUGGAAUAGAGAAAAGGCAAAGAGAGGAGUAAGAGAAAAUGUUGAAAUCCUGUUCCCUAAUUCAAGUUCUGCCAAAAACAGAGAUGCCACGCAAGUCAGGAACAGACCCCAGGGGUGGAUUAUAAUUAUUAGAGGAUGAGACAACCCAAAAUUUGAGUUUUCAGGUUGGAUUGUGAAAUCGGUGAUCCACACAGGUGUUCAUUAUACACUACUCAGUGAUUAAUGACUUGGAUUAUGAAGAGGAAAUGUACAUUUAUAAAAAUCAGCCCCGGGAUGGUUUUUUUAAAUGGAAAAAAGUCCUCUGAUUCCAGGUGCUCACACUCCAGUCCUCCCCUCCCCCAGCCCCAACAAGUGGGUUAACCUAAGUCGAGUUCUUAUCCAAGAGAAUGUCUGUGAGGUUGAGUGAUUUGUUCAGAAGUCAGUUAGAUAGAAACAACUAACCUACUUGUUAAAAGGAUCCUUUGGGAGCUAAAAUUGUAACAUGCUCUCUUUCUCUUCCUUGUCAAUCCUAAAACUUAAUAGAAACACUUAUUUUUAUGCCAAAAUAGAAUGAAUGAUUUUCCAACCAGUUGAGAUCACAGGGCAUGUCUAAGGUUGAAGGACUUUUCUAACCAGUAAGAGCCAGAGUUAAUAUUCAGCUAUCGAACAGGGUAAGUGGGGUAAAAAGUCACAUUUAAAAUCUGAUCCUUAAGAUAUAAAUUAUUAUUUCCUUUAUGGCUUUCACACACACACUUGUCUUAUUUAAAGGUAUGUCAGUGCUCAAAAAUGUCAUCAUGGAAAAAGAAUUACCACUUCCAGUUUUAAAGAAUUGUUUUAUGUUUUAUUGAGCCACAGAACCUGUUGUUCCAAUAAAAACAUGUGGUAACCCACAA